UCCACCCCCAACCCAAACCCAAACCCAAAGCACAAACAACUCCUCCUCUCCUUUUGAUUUACCUCCCCCCCAUAAAUCCAACCCUGAACUCCAUUAGCAAAAACGAAACAUGGCUGACACCAAAUCCCAGGGAUUAGUUUUCCCCACCAUCAACAGCAAGAAGAGAGCCGAGCACGACGACAUAGACAACGAAGACUAUGUUGCCGCCAAAAAGUCCAUGUUGCUGUCCUCGGCUGCAGCUGCAGCCUGGGAAGACCCAGCCGCGGCAUUAGCCAGUGCUCGCCAUGAGUUUGGUGAGCACGGUGGUGUCAACAUGUCGAUUGAGGCCUCCGCCACGUUCACCGUGAUGGAGCCCGAGACUCUUCGCAAAAUGUUCUCCGGCGAGCUGGGUGCCGACCGCGACUUCUUCAUCUACAGCCGCCACUUUAACCCUACCGUGCUCAAUCUCAGUCGCCAGAUGGCAGCCCUCGAGGGCACAGAGGCCGCCUACUGCACGUCCUCUGGGAUGUCAGCCAUAUCCUCCGUCCUGCUCCAGCUCGUCAGCAGCGGGGAACACAUCGUCGCCUCAAGAACCGUCUACGGAGGGACCCACGCCCUCAUGUCCCACUUCUUCCCCAGGGCCUGCAACAUAACGACGACGUUUGUGGACAUCAACGACAUGGACAUGGUGAGGAAUGCUAUUGAGGUCGGGAAGACCAAGGUACUCUAUUUCGAAGGCAUGUCGAACCCGACUCUCACCGUCGCCAACAUACCGGAGCUCAGCCGUAUCGGCCACGAGAAGGGGGUUACGGUUGUGGUGGACAACACGUUUUCUCCCAUGGUUCUCUCUCCGGUGAAGCUUGGUGCUGACGUUGUUGUUCACAGCAUUUCCAAGUUUAUUAGCGGCGGUGCUGAUAUUAUUGCAGGUGUUGUGUGCGGACCUGCAAGCCUGGUGAACUCAAUGAUGGACCUACACCAAGGCUCCCUGAUGCUCCUGGGUCCCACAAUGAAUGCCAAGGUAGCAUUUGAGCUCUCUGAGAGGAUUCCCCACUUAGGGUUGAGAAUGAAGGAGCACUGCCACAGGGCAAUGAUUUAUGCCCAAAGGAUGAAGAAGAUGGGCUUAAAAGUAAUUUACCCAGGGCUCGACGACCACCCACAGCACGAGCUUCUCAAGGCCAUGGGAAACAAAGAUUACGGGUACGGAGGGCUUCUGUGUUUGGACAUGGGGACUGAGGAAAGAGCCAACAGACUCAUGAAUCUCUUGCAGAACUGCACACAGUUUGGGUUCAUGGCUGUGAGCCUAGGGUACUAUGAAACUCUAAUGUCCUGCUCUGGAAGCAGCACAAGCAGUGAGAUGAAUGAUGAGGAGAAGGCUCUGGCUGGGAUCUCACCGGGGCUGGUGAGGAUGUCGAUCGGGUACAUUGGGACGUUGGAGCAGAGGUGGAGCCAGUUUGAGAAGGCAAUUUCUAGAAUGCAGGAGUCUGGUUUGUUGAAUAAGAAGUGAAAGUAAACAUGUGUAUUUUUCUGUGUUUUGUGGUGGGUCUAUGAAUAAGUCAAGUGUCUAAGAGCAUAUAGCUGUGUUGGUUGUUGCUCUUGUAUAAAAAGAUGUCUCCCUUGGCCAGUUUCGGACGAUGAAUCAUAACUAUCCUUUGUGUA